AUGUCCCGGGCUGCCGUGAGUCAGUUUCCGCCAACGAAGCCCAUAUUGGUGGAGGCUCCUGUGCCCGAGCCUGUGCAUCGCGAUCCGUUGCACCCGGCGCUCAAGCUGCAGGAGCACCCCGUACCUGAUUUAGAGAAAGGGAUUGUCCAAGCAAACGAAGCUACCGGAAUUGUGCCGUCCGAUUCCCAGGCUACUAUGGUUGCUCAAGAACUUCCUGACCUUUCCAAAGACGAAGAUGGGAAUGAAUAUAUCCUUGUCAAAUGGGAUGGAAAAGACGAUAGGGAGCACUCGCUCAAGCUGAAUAUCUACUAUCGCAUAUACCUCAUGGUUUUGGCCGGCAUGCUUACGCUUUGCACGGCAUUCGCAUCGUCUGCACCUUCGUCCUUGAUCCCACAGAUGGUCUUCGAGUUCAAGACGACACCCGAAGUGGUGAAAGCGUCUGUAUUCUUGUUUGUGGGCAGUUUCGCUGUUGGCCCGCUGCUAUGGGCGCCGCUCUCUGAGCUUAUCGGUCAUCGGAUUGUGUUUAUCAUUAGUUUUACAUGCUUUGUCUGCUUCAAUGUAGGCUGUAUGCUGGCACCUAACGUUGCCUCGAUGAUUGUCUUCCGCAUUCUUGCUGGUGCGUCUGGCUCCAGUUCCAUGUCCAACUCGCCAUCGAUGAUUUCGACGCUCGUGCCACUAAAAUACCUUACGCUGGGUCUGGUCAUUUUUGCCCUGUCGCCCACGGCUGGUCCAUGCCUUGGCCCCACUGUGGGUGGCUACAUUUCCAAUUCGGGUGCGAACUGGCGUUGGAUCUUUCGUGUGUGUACGAUCUUUUCUUUCGUCAUGCUGAUUUUGGUCAUCUUUACUAUGCCUGAAACCAUGUCGGACCAGCUUCUCCGAAAGAAAGCGCGGCGGCUUCGUGCCCAGACAGGGGAUGACCGAUACAAGGCCCCGAUUGAAGUGCGUCGCAUUCGCACGAAAGACAUCCUCUCCAAAACUCUGUUGAAGCCUGUCAAGUUGUUAUUCUCGGAGCCCAUGUUGGCUGUCAUGACCAUUUAUACGUCCUUCAUUUACGGUGUGAUUUACCUAUUCUUUGUUGCCUAUCCCAUUGUAUUUGAAGGUUUGCACCACUUCCGUGCGGGUGCUACGGGUCUUGCCUUCCUUGGCUUCUUCUCAGGUGCGAUGAUCGGCGCUAUAUAUAAUGUUCUUGUGGAUCAGCGCUUGUACCUUCGCGCGUAUAUCCGCAACAACUACAAGCCCAUUGCACCCGAAGCGCGUCUCUGGGGCACCAUGGUUGGUGCGCCCCUCUUUUCGGCAGCUCUGUUCUGGUUUGCAUGGACCUCGUUCCCGUCUGUGUCUUUCUGGCUGCCUGUCGUGGCCGGUGGUCUAUUUGGCUUCGCCUUGUUCCUAAUUUUCUUGGGCUUGGUUGUGUACAUUUCUGAAGUCUAUUUCCAGUAUGUGGCUAGUGCCAUGGCUGCCAAUACUGUGGUGCGUUCUUGCUUCGGUGCCGGUUUCCCCAUGUUUGGUGAACAAAUGUACGCACGUUUGAACCCACGGUGGGCGUCGUGUCUGCUUGCUUUUAUCUCUGUUCUGAUGAUCCCUAUUCCUUUUGUGUUCUACAAGUACGGUCCUCGUAUUCGUGCGUGGUCGAAGCACGCGUACGGAUAA